GGACAGCUGUGGUUCAGUUCGGCCCAGCCCAAGGGUGCAACUCUGCCUGCCUCCAGGCUUCAACUCUCUGUCAGUUCAUUAGUGAUGGGAAACUCAGAUGCUGGCCUUAUUCCAAAAGCACCUUGAUGCCCACCUUGUUGGGAUGGUCUGACCCCAGCAGUCUUUCCUGCCAAGUGCAGGGGGGCUGGACCUGAUGGUCUGUAAGGUCCUUUACAGCCCCUAACAACUAUGAAACUGCACUGAGACUUGAUGGAGGUUUCAAACAUGCUUUAUCGUUGUCUUUCCCCACCCCGCUGCAGAGAUCCGUGGCCUUCUGCUCAGUCCACGCUCGGUUGGAGUCUCUGUCCCCCUGCAGCUGACGCCCGUUCUUUGAUUUCUACAGCCACUCUUGUCACUGCCGAGCCUUAGAGCAACAUCUGCAAAGUUCAAAAUGAGUAUAUUGCCUCCUGUGAUGAUCCAAAGCCCAAAGAGGCAUCCCAGCUUCCUAGAGAAGAUGGUUUGCUCUUCAUCAAAACUUGCAAGGAUUCAUUUGAUCACAGACAAAGAUGCCAUAGAUCAUUAUUUGGCGAUGAAUAUCAAAGGGUUGUCAAAACAAGAGGCUGCUGCUUACAGGAAUUCAUACAAGAAGAACAUCUGCAUAGACAUGCUGCGACAGGGUUAUCACAAGUCCUUCUCGGAGCUCUUCACUCUGAUACAGAAGUGGAAUGCCUUGAGGGAGGCUGCAGGGCCUGGGUCAGCCAUAUGGCAGCAAAAGUCCCUGGAGGAGCAGCCUGAUAAGCUGGAUCAGCUUCACCACUUCCUGACCAGGGCUGAGGCAGCCCAACGAGCAGAAUACUAUGAAGAUGUGUACAUUAACCAGCUUAAUUUGGCCUAUUGUUUCAACAACCCUGAAGACAAAUGGUUAAGGAAUUAUUUCUAUGAACAAUGUUUUAACACUGCUCAACUGAUCAAAAUUGACGGGGGGAAAAAAGAGGCUGAGGCACAUGCAAAUAUGGGCCUUAUCAAUGAGGAACAAGGUCAGUUCAUGAAAGCUGCUAAGCAUUAUGAAGCAUUCUAUCAACUGACAGUAGGGCGGAUAUGGAAGGAUGAGACAAGCCAUACUUACAACUCACUGGCCUGUGAGCAUCUCUGGAGAAUUUACACAUUACUCGCAGACAAAAUGCUAGAAAAUAAAGAACACCAACAGGCCAUCAAAACUCUAAUAAAAGCUUUUGAAAUGGCAAAAGAAGGUGGUGAUAAGAAGAUGGAGGGAGAAGCUGCCUAUUGCUUAGGUUUAGCAUAUCAUUCUGCUGGAGAGGAACAGACAGCAAUAUUAAAUCUGAACACCUACAUAGAAAUUUCCACAGCACUCUGUGAUAUGGAUGGCCUAGGUAGAGCAUAUCAGGCUAUAGCCAAGGUCCUGGUAAGCCAGGGAAAAGUGACUGAGGCUAUUAAGUACUUGGAAGAGUUUGUGAAGGUUGCCAAGAGUGCUCAUCUAAGCUGCAGCCUUGUGGAUGCAUGUGUAUUCCUUGGAGAUAUCUACAAUGAAAAAGGAAACUACAACAAGGCCUGUGAAUAUUUCAGUCAGGCUUUUGAGGCAGCAAACACUCUAAGUAACUUGCCCUUGGUGGAUGAAACAAAGGUUUAUUAUGGCAUUGCAAAAGCUCAUAACAUGAUGGUGGCAGUUAACAGCUAUACAGAAACUGCAGAUCCCGUCAGCGUUGAGUACCUGCUGGCAUGGAAGGAGAACAGAAGUGACAUGUGCACUGACCCUUUUACAGUCGAACUUCCUAAAGAGGCAAGUGUUUUGGAGACCCUUUGAACCACUUCUGAAGACACCAGUUCAAGAACUUCUCUGACAAUUCCAGGUAGAGAAAACAACUGCCAAAUCCUUUUGAUGAAAUCAAGAAGAUCCUUGUUAGACAACACACACCAAAGUUUGAAUUUCAGCUUUGAAUUUAAACAGGAGCAUAGUUUGGCACUGCAAGCACCCAGACAUCAGAAGUCCUUGCAUGAGUGGUGUCAUGUGUGAUAUGUGUCACAGUGGCUUUUAUCUUAAACACCUUGUGUUGUUGAAAUAAAAUAGAGAAUGAAAGGAAUGAUUAUGAAAGAAAGUGAGUUACUUUGUAUUUACGUAUUACACACCCUUUCCUCCAAUGUGCUGUGCAUCUCCUGUGAGGUCCUGCUGAGCAUCCUUAACUCCUACUGUAGACAAUGAAAGUGGAAGCUGAAGACAUGCAGUGCCUUGUAAGGUUCUAAAUGCAUCUGAUAAAUAUACAUUAAAAUCCAACAUAUCUUUCUUUUCAGUAAAAGUCAAUGCAGUGCUUGACCCCUUUUACCUGGCAAUUUCAUCCAAGGUUAACAACUGUGCUUAGCAGCUGCGUGCCAGCUCAGUUGUAAUGCACUUAGAAUAGAUCCAACCUGGUUGGUGCACUUUCACAUGGUUUAGAUCUCAGUUAUAAUACAGUUUGGCGCCAGCCAGGGUCAGACACAACAAAGUUUGUUGAAGCUGUGCUUAAGUUUAGUCACAAAAUUCUGCUGAAAGCCCUAAAGAAGCCAGGCAUUAGAAAUUCUGUUUACUCCCACAAAUGACACAUUAA